AUGAGAUGCCUGAUUUUCCAAAUCCUCCACUCCCCAAUUAUCCCUUGGUCGCUCUGUAACUUCCUCAGAAAUCCCUCCUACACUUUCACCGGCGUCGGAAUCGAUGAAGACGUGAAGAAGCUUACGGAGGAUUACUUCCUUGUAGUUGCGACGGCGGUUGAUUUAAGGUUGAUUGCUGCGAAGAAGUACCGUGUGAAGGAGCUUAAGAAUGCAGGGUUGAAACAAUUGACGAGAAAGGUUCUUCGGAAGGAGAUGAGCAAGCGGAAGGCUGUUACGAUGAGUAAUUGGGAUAAUCGGCGGCUGAAUCCGGCACAGGUGCAAUAUGCAUGCAUCGAUGCUUUCUUGAGUUUUGAGAUCGGGAGGAUCUUGAUUUUAGGGAAUCGGAACUAA